AACAAAACUACAAAAGUAAAUGAAUACAAGUACAUUUUUAAAGAACAAAGGGAGUAUUGAACGAAAAAAGAAAUUCAAAAUGCUCCUUUUGCAUUUUGUUCCCAUAUUGACUUUGCAUGGUUUUUAAGACUCACACUUGCCUAUCUAUACCUCCGAAUCUAAUCUUUUAAAAAUCAAAAUAAGAAAAACAAAAGAAACAAAGGAAAUAUUAAUUGUACACGUAUAGAGGUAUAGAGGAAAGAAACACACACAUGGGAAGAAACUAGAUGGAAAGAGCAUCUAAACAUUAAACAUAACAAAUUGACUUUCACGUUCUAUAUAAGAUCAACAAUUAUCUACACUUCUUAUACCUCCAACCUUAACUAUUCAAUUUUUUCUCCAUUUUCUUUCUUCCUUUUUGAGUUCUGUUUUUAUAAAAAAUGGCUUCCUCAUCAUUAAUGGCAUCCAUGAAAGCUCUAUCAUCUCUCAAAUGUAAUCCCUCAAAAACAAAAAUAUCAUCUUUACUUCCCCAAAACCUUAAGAUUUGCCACUCAUUUUCAUCUCAAUCUCUGAAAAUGAUCACUAAUAACAACAUUCAAUCACUGGUUUUUACUUCAAAAAAACCAAGUCCGACCUUCAGCCUGAGCCUGAGCCUGAACCUGUUGAUUCACGACCAAGUAAUAGUAUGUCAUCGAUCUUCUCCCUUUUUAGAUUAGUUCAGUAAUUAUUUCAAAAUUGUCUCAUCUUAUUAAUAAUUUUUUUUGCUUAAUUUUUGUUAUAAUGAGUGUAUGCAUGUUUUUUGUUAGAUUUCCUUGUUUAAUAUUGAAGUGCUUAUGAUGACUAGAUAAGGUUAAUCUAGAUCCAGGAAAUAUGCUAAAUGCUCGGGAAUGUAUUAUACAUCCGAUUGUAUUUAGUGCUAGUUGACAGGAUUAAACUUGACAUAUUUGUUAAUAUAAUACAAUAGGUUGACCUUAAAAAUAAAAGUUGAUCACCUUUGAUAUGUUUAUCAAGUUCAUCAUCUUUGUAAAUAAAUCAACAUUAUUUUUAUUAAAUAAGGGUCCAUGUUUGUUAAUAUAAUUACGAAAAUAUCAUGAUGUUUGCUCUUUAGAGAGUUGAUAUAUUUUAUCAAGUACAAGUUUGUCAAUUAUUUUUAAAAUGUAAGAAGUAUACAUAAAUUUUUAGAGAGUUUAUUUGCCAAUUUGAUCAGUAAUGAUGUAAUUGAUGUUGCAUAAAUGGAGAACAUAAAUCAAAAUUUGAAUGAGACUAGAACUAAUGUAGUUCAACCUUUAAGUGCUCUACGGUCCACACUGUACCUUGACUUAAAUAAAAUCCACUAACAACACACAAUAAUUUCGCUAGUGAUUUGCGCCAACUUUCAUUAUACAUCUCCAUCAAGGUACAUCUUACAUAGUGGAGGAUCUUCGUUGAGGUUUGCAAGGACCAAAGGCCAGUCCUCUCUUUAGGCUCAUCAUUUGUCAGUAUAUAAUUUCAAAAUUAGAUUUGUCAUUAUACGUUUGGAAAAAUACAGAGGCGAAUUUGACAAGAACUAAGAUGACUGUACUAUAUGUGUUUCUUCUUAAGUAUAAAUCCCAAAAGAAGUCAAAGUAACUCAUAUGAGUAAUGUUUUUUUUUUUUUUUUUUUUUUUUUUUUUUUUUUUAAGCUCAUAUGAAUAUGUAUAAAAUCAAAACAUUUCAACUAAAAGGUAACGAUAAAAGUUUAAGAAGUUCUGACACAUUAGUUAAGUAUUUAUAGAGUAUACUUCUAACAAGCUAUUUGAACCGUUCAAAUCCGACCCCUUAAUUUUUUUGUUCAAGAUCCACCGCUGAUUGUAAACCCAAGAUUUUAUUUUUUAUUUUUUUAUUUAUCGGAGAGCUUUGAGUUUAUUAAAAAACCAAAUAACGAGUACUGAAUAUAUCGUGUGCAUGGUACGCCGCUACACCAACGUAUCGCAUAAUGUACAUACAUACUCUUAACUUGUCUAAUUGAAUAAUGAAUGUGUAUUCAGCUAAGGUACAAGAGUUGUGUGUGUAUGAGAUAAACGAGAGAGACAGAGGAAGUCCAGCAUACCUAAGACUAAGUCAGAAACAGGUUAACUCACUUGGAGACCUCGUACCAUUCAGCAACAAGAUUUACACCGGUGACCUGCAGAAACGGUUAGGAGUGACAGCAGGACUAUGCAUUUUAAUCCAACAUGUACCGGAAAAAAAAGGUGACAGAUACGAGGCAAUCUACAGCUUCUACUUUGGGGACUACGGACACCUGUCAGUUCAAGGCCCCUACUUAACAUACGAGGACACGUGUUUGACUGUUACUGGAGGUACGGGAGUUUUUGAAGGAGUUUAUGGGACAGUAAAAUUACAGCAGUUAAUUUUCCCAUUUAAAUUAUUUUACACAUUUAAGUUAAAAGGGAUUAAGGAUUUACCUUCAGAAUUGGUGACAAAAGCUGUGACUCCUUCUCCUGCUGUUGAGCCUUCUCCUGUUGCUAAAGCUUGUGAGCCACAUGCUGUUGCCCCUAAUUACACUAAUUAAGGGCUUAAUUAAAGUGAUUAGUGUUAGAUGAUCAAUAAAAGACAAAGUGAAUGAGCUGUUUUUUUAAAAAAACUUUGUAAUGAGAUUAAUGAGGUACUAAUCAUGUAAUUUAUUCUAAUGGAGGUUGUAUGGUAAGGCUUUGUUAUUUAGGGGUUUUUGGCAAAUAUGGCCGCUUUAUUAUACUCUAUCCUAUCCAGAUUAUCUGUUUCCUUGUCAAUGCACAAUUGUGACAAUUAAUUUAAAACUAGGUUGGGA